AGCCUGCCCUGUGUGCUGUGUUACUACACAGGCAGCAGUACCAGGCUCUGCCCACUGCUCCCAUCUGAGGCUGCGCUGCAAUGGGGGACUCCAGGCUUCCUCUGCCGGGUGAUGCCAGUCCUAUAGGGGAGCAGAGCGCGAUCAGUGGAUGUAAUGCGAGUAAUGGGGACGGUGAUGAAGAUGAGCCUUUGCUCAGGAAGAAUCCUCACCGCUUCGUCAUCUUCCCGAUCCAGUACCCUGACAUUUGGAAAAUGUAUAAGAAGGCGCAGGCCUCGUUCUGGACGGCAGAGGAGGUGGACUUAGCGAAGGAUCUUCCUCACUGGGAGAAGCUGAAAGCGGAUGAGAAGCAUUUUAUAUCCCACAUACUGGCUUUCUUUGCCGCUAGCGACGGCAUCGUUAACGAGAAUCUGGUGGAGCGCUUCAGUCAGGAGGUGCAGAUCCCAGAAGCCCGCUGCUUUUAUGGCUUCCAGAUUGUCAUUGAGAACAUCCAUUCGGAAAUGUACAGCCUGCUCAUCGAGACCUAUAUUAAGGACACCCAGAGACGGAAUUUCUUAUUUAAUGCAAUAGAAACUAUGCCGUGUGUAAGGAAGAAAGCCGAUUGGGCCUUGCGCUGGAUAUCCGAUAGGACAGCUUCCUUUGGAGAGAGAGUCGUGGCGUUCGCUGCUGUUGAAGGAAUCUUCUUCUCUGGAUCGUUUGCUGCUAUUUUCUGGCUGAAGAAGAGAGGUCUGAUGCCUGGUCUCACCUUCUCCAAUGAGCUGAUCAGCCGGGAUGAGGGUCUUCACUGUGAUUUUGCAUGUUUGAUGUUUCAUUACUUGGUGAACAAACCCACCCAACAGAGAGUCACCGAGAUCAUCGUCAGCGCGGUGAGAAUAGAACAGGAGUUCCUGACAGAAGCUUUACCUGUGAAUCUAAUAGGGAUGAACUGCAGGCUGAUGAAUACGUAUAUAGAGUUUGUAGCAGAUCGGCUGCUGGCGGAACUGGGGUUUCCAAAGGUAUUUCAAGCCAGAAAUCCAUUUGAUUUUAUGGAGAACAUUUCUCUAGAAGGGAAAACCAAUUUCUUUGAGAAGCGCGUGUCCGAGUACCAGCAUUUUGCUGUUAUGGCGCAGUCAGCGGAUAACGUCUUUACUCUGGAUGCAGACUUUUAGUUGGCUGGUGGUGUGACAUGUCUGAGAAGAUGAUAUCGUCUCAGGGACAAGUGCAAUACAGCAUCAAAGCAGCAGUCAGGUCCCUGCAAAUUCCUGUCACCGUCAUUUCAACGUACACUAAUUCCUCAAAUGCAUCAGUCUUCCCAAACAUCAGCAGACACUCCUGAUCUUGCCAGCUGUGGUGACUCAAUGACGCAUCAUAUUUCCCCCCAAAAAACUCUUUGCUAUUGGUCAAUACAGUAAUUACUGAGACUUCUGGAUUCACUGUGGUGUGAACUUUACAAUUAUUCAUUUAUUUCUUCAGUGCAUUAGUGGACAUAGGGGCAGAUGUAAGCUUGGAGAGAGAUAAAAUAGCAGCUAAUCAGCUCCCAGCUGCCAAAUUACAGGCUGUGCUUGAAAAAUGACAGGAGCUGAUUGGUUGAUAGUUUAUCUCUCUCCCGUUUAUCUCUCACCAAGCUUUGAUAAAUCUGCCCCGUAGAACCAUUGGGAUUAACUCCCACCAGAAUAGUUGACAGGAGCACAAUAAAUGUCACCGCUCCCCUUUACUCCUUCACAACACGCAUACAUACAUACAUACAUACAUACAUACAUACAUACAUAAAAUCUCUGCAGUAUAUGCACUUGUAUUGUUGACUGAUCUCUCUCACUGCUCUGCAGCAGGUUGCCAUGGUAAUAGGGAGGUGAUCCUCCAACGGCAGAGGCGCAAUCUGACUGGCCGCAAGGAUUGGUUAAUUCAUACAUGGGUGGGGCAAGUGCUGUCACUAUAUUUCAACUGACUGCAGUGCCAGGUUCCAUCACAUCUGAGUUGGAGGUGAUACUAUACUAUAUUGUAACAGGCCUGUGAUGGAAACCAGGUUACUGCUGGACAAUUACUUAUGCAUACCUCCCAACAUGACCCUCUCCAGGAGAGACACAAUGCUCUGCUUCUGGACUUCCCUCUUAAUGUAUGAUUGCAGACACCUGUGCUGAUAAGAAAGGUGUUUCACCACAGGUGAUGGCAAUCAUAA